AUAACUUCAAUCAGUGCAAACCUGAAGAUAUUCGUGAUCCAACUACAUUUGAAGACAAUAUUAAUCCCAAAUCCGAAAAUAAACCUGAACCGCUUAAAUCCAAAAGUAACUGCAAUUCACAUAAACAUGAAGAUAAUUGCGACCAAUCUAAAACUGAAGAUGGUUCCAGUCAGAAUAAACUCGAAAAUAGUUGCAAUCCACCUAAACCUGAGAAUGAAGACAACUUCAAUCCGUCUAGACCGGAAAAUAAACUUGACCCACCUCCAAUAGAUAAUACCGUUACACCUAAGAAUCUUAAUUCCACUAGACCCAAAGAUAGUUUCAAUCCAUCUAAAACUGAAGAUAGUCUCAAUCCAUCUAAAUACGAGGACAAUAUCGAUCCACUUAAAGAUAAUCCAAAUUCAUCCAAACCUGAAGCCAACACAGAACCUGCAGAUGCUCAAAAGCCGGAAGGUACGCUCGGAAUAAAAAAUGAACUUACAACCGGAAAUGCCGUUGGAAUAGAAGAAACACACGAAGUUACCUCUAAAACCAACGAUAAAACAAAUAGUAAUGUUGAAACCUCUGUGACAAAUCCUCAAGAAAGCGCACAAUAA